GAAUAUGAUUUAUAUUAUACUUGAAACAGUUGCAGAAAAAAAGUUUUUUUAAAUUUUUGUUUCAAUGGCUCUUCAAUGCAUUCCAGAAAAGUAUAACUUAAUUAAAAGAACCGAUACCACAGUUGAUACAAGUAUUCAAAAUGGAAAAAUCAAUCCAUCGGCAUUAGUUGAUCAUGUGAAUCAUCCUAUCGGCGAACUUCAAAGAAAAGGAAUUUUCGAUGAAGAAACACAGUACUUACGCUCUCUUUCCUCCAUCUACGGUCUUCAUGCUCCUUUAACGUUAGCUCGAGAAAGAACGUUUGUUGCGCAAACACGACGUUUACCACCUUUUCGUUCCUCUCUUCUUGGGUUGCACUUAGCUAUGUCAACCGAAGAUACAAUCACGUUUGAAGAUUAUUUGAAUAUUGAAAUUCCGAAUGCACCUGAAUCUCGUCAAACUAUUGCAUCCCUAAUGGAAAAGCGUUUAAAUUUUAAUUCAAUUUAAACGUUUUAAUACAGCUUGUGUCGAAGGAGAACACCCACAGUCUCUUCCACAAGAUGAUUGAAAAUUUUUAAACCUUGUACAAACAUUACAAACCAAUUGGAAGUCUGAAUGGCAUCGACAGGAGCAUAUGUUGCACGCGUUAGAAUUAAUUUCAUUUCUUUUUUUUUUUGUUAAAAUCACAUUGAAAUGGUUAAAGAAAAUUUUAGUACUUUAAAAUAAUUAAAAAAAAAAUAUCUAAAAUGAACUCUAUAUAUUAAC